AGAGAACAUGGCCAUAUAACACCCCCCUCUCCUCCCCCACACAUCAGAGGGAAGUGAUCCUGUGUGGAAGUCCUUGUACUCAGAAUGGCGUCUGCAGACCUGGGAGCUGAGCUGAGCUGUUCCAUCUGCCUGAGCACUUACACAGACCCUGUAUCCCUGAGAUGUGGACACAACUUCUGCCGGGACUGUAUUGUGAUGGUGCUGGAUACACAGGAGGGGACUGGAGGAUAUUCCUGUCCGGAAUGCAGGGCAGGGUAUCAGGAGCGCCCGGCACUGGAGAAGAACAGGAAGCUGAGUAACAUUGUGGAACGAUUCCUAUGUAGUCAUCCAGAGCCGGAGGAGACACAGAUCUUCUGUACUUACUGUGAUUCUCCUGUGCCGGCUACUAAAACAUGUCUGCAGUGUGACGCUUCUUUUUGUGAUAAACACUUGAGCAAACACAGUAAAUCUGCUGAACAUGUGUUAAUGGAACCCACUGUUUCCUUUGAGGACAGAAAAUGCUUCAUACACAAGGAGAUGAUGAAGUAUUACUGCUCUGAGGACUCAGCUGCUAUCUGCAUAUCCUGUUGGGUGGCUGGAGACCACCGGGGUCACCACGUGGAGCUUCUGAAUGCGGCCUCUGAUAAGAAAAAAGAGACACUGAGAGCUGUUAUUGAGACCCUGAAGUCUGAGAGAGAGGAGACUGAGAGGAGAGUGCAGCGUCUGCAGGAUCACAGGAGAGAGGAGAAGGAGAAAGCUGCCGGUGUCACUGAGAAAGUCACUGAUCUGUUUAGAGACAUCAGAGGAGAACUUAGACACCCUGAAGAGGGAGGUCCUGGUGAGAUCUCCAGACAGGAAGAGCAGAUGUCACUCUCAAUCGCUGACCUGAUCACACAGCUGGAGAAACAGAAGGAUGAGCUGUCCAGGAAGAUUAGUAGCAUUGAGGAGAUCUGUAACGUCACUAAUCCAUUAACUGUCCUGAAGCAGGAACCAGAGAGUGAUGUCAUCAGUCACAGGAGCUGUGAUGUCACCAGUGAUGUAAGAGUUGCUGGAUGUGUGGAUGAUGGAAUAAUCUCACAGAUCUUACUCAGGGGACUUUUACACUUGUCUGAUAAUCUGAUGGAUCUACAGACAAAGAGACAGCUCUCAGUGAUGGAGAAAGCAGACAUAUUACUGGACAUAAAGACAGCCUCUGAUUACAUUAUUAUAUCGGGGGAUCUCCGAUCUGCUUCUGAUACUGAUGUAGACCAGAACAGACCAGAUGGACCAGAGAGGUUUUCAGUCCAGCAGGUGUUAAGCUCCUGUAGCUUCUCAUCUGGGAGACAUUACUGGGAAGUGGAUGUGAGUGAAGCAAAAGAAUGGGCGAUGGGGGUGGCCGGUCACAGUAUAGAGAGAAAGUCAGAAGAUGAUGAAUCAUUCAUUGGUUGUAAUGAUAAAUCAUGGUGUCUGCACUUUGUGACUGACUUUAAAGCAGAACAUAACAAUGUAGUGAAACAAAUAGAAGAAAUGGAUCCAGGUUCUCCUGUGCAGACAGUGGGGAUAUACCUGGACUAUGAGGCCGGGCGUCUGUCCUUCUAUCAGCUGUGUGACCCCAUCAGACACUUACACACCUUCUCCGCCACCUUCACUGAGCCCCUAUAUGCUGCCUUCUAUGUGUAUGGCGAUACCAGCAUCAAAAUCAUAAACUAAUUAGUGUAACAAGGAGAUUCUUUGUAAGAAAUCAAACUAUAUUUACUAUGGAAAAUUAAUAACUGAAAACUAAAUAUUACUAAUAUAUUUAUUUUGUAUCAUUUAUCAUUCCUGUCUUAAAUUAACUAUGUUGGAUUUUACCUACGGGCUUCAGGACUUGUGAAACUACACAUCCCAGCAUGCCCUGCUACAGAUUUAGCUUUCCCUAAUAGCAAAAGUGUGGCAGGGAUGAUGAGACUUGUAGUUUCACAACAGCUGGAAAGCCACAGGUUGGCCAGGCCUGACUUAGCACAUAAAGAUAGACAGUGCUGACUGGACAUGUACAUUAUUUUUACUGAUUAGACAGUAAUAUGCAUUCAUAAUAUACAUGCCGGCCGGACAGUAAGAUUACAUAUCACUUUAAACAAAGACUAUUAAUAACAAUUAAGAAGAUAGGAAAACAGAAACUCCAAAUAAUAAAAAAUUAAACCUUUUGAUCAAA